AUGUCUGCCACGGCUGCCACGGGUUCCCCAACCUUUCGUCGGGCAGCAGCCAGCAGAAGCAUUUCUCAAGAAAACUCUGGUGUUUCUGACGACAAACUGGGUGUCCGCUUUGACAGCCACAAUACAAUUUCACUCAAGAAAUCUUCCACAGCAUUAUCUACAAGCAAACUUGGAAAUCAAGCAGCCCCAAAGAAGAUGAAAAUCAACCAUGAAUCAGCACCGACAACCGAAAUCAGCCCUAUGGAAAAACUGCUUGCGAAACUUUCUGAACAAACUGCUGCCAUCAGCAAGCAACAUCAAGAAGCUCUGAAGUCAUCGGAGGAGAGCACUGCAUAUACGCGUACUGUCGAGUAUAUAUCCUCCGCAAGCUCUGCGGCUCCAGUCUCUACAUUGCCAAUCACUCCAGUCACAGAGACCCAUAACAACAGUGCAGCCACUAGCACUAGAGCUCCAAGCAACACGGGUGAUUCUGGCUCUGAAGGCGGCGAAGAGGUCCUACGCCUGAAACUCGAGCUCGAGGCUGCCAAAGUCAGAAUGGCUCGGAUGGACGAAGAACUUGCUCAGAGCAGGAUCACAAAACACACCAUCGACCAAGCCAUGGGCCCGGUCUCGGAGGCUGAUUUCUCCAUGAGUUCAGAGAUGUCUAACCCGCAACUCUCUCGAAUCCAGCAAUCAAUCAACGUUGGCCCUCGUCCCCAGAUGCAACGUGAUCAUUCGUGGACAGCACAAGAUGAUGCUCGCUCAGAUACAAGCGAUGCACUUUCUGCUGGGGGGCUAAACCGCUCCCGCAAUAUCUGGGGAAACAGCGGCAAACCUGGCUAUAGUGGCUUUGCGGGUGCUGUCCCAGCUUUUCAACAGCCAGAGUCUCUGAAUUCUGGCCAGUGGCUCAACCGUGGCGUUGGUCAACCAUUCAUCGAGGGCCCUCUUCCAUAUUCUGGUCCCCCAGUGAACGGCUUUGGGGGUGAACGAUUACCCCCGGAUUCCGACUUUCUUAUGGCACCGCCAAUUGGCCGCCGUCAGGGUGGUAAUAACCGUUUAGGUCGUGGAUCAUUCCCAUAUGCAAGCAGCAACAGCUCUUAUGAUGGAUACACGCCAGCAUCUACUCUCUAUGGCUCGGUUGGGGGUAUGGCUGGUGGUGUCGCUCCGAUAGGUAUGGGUUCUGGAAUGAACAUGGGCGGUAGUAUGUAUGGCGGCUACCAACCACAACCCAUUGGCACUCCGCUUUCUCCCAUGGCUCCGGAGUUUACUUCUGGCACUGGGGGAUGGAAGAACGAGGUGAACACAUCCUUCUAUACCGCCAUGGAGUAUACUGAUACUGUGCAGGCUGGAGUUUCUGAAGGUCAGACCUUCUUGCCGACCACAGAGCCUCUCAAUUAUCGCCGACUACUCGACCGUACUGUUAACUGCAACUGGAAAUAUAUCGUCGAUAAGAUAGUUUGCAACAAUGACCAGCAGGCAUCCAUAUUUCUCCAGCAGAAGUUGAAGAUUGGCACGACGGAACAAAAAUAUGAUAUCGUUGAAGCCAUAGUUGCUCAAGCAUACCCGUUGAUGAUCAACCGGUUUGGCAACUUCUUGGUUCAGCGAUGCUUCGAGCACGGGACUCCUGAUCAAGUCAUCAAGAUCGCAGAAGCCAUUCGGGGCAAUACCUUGAGUCUCUCCAUGGACGCAUUUGGAUGUCACGUCGUUCAGAAGGCUUUCGAUUCCGUCCCCGAAGAUUACAAAGCAAUCAUGGUUCACGAGUUACUCCGUCGUAUUCCCGAGACAGUCAUUCACCGUUACGCGUGUCACGUCUGGCAGAAGCUUUUUGAACUCCGUUGGACUGAAUCGCCACCCCAGAUCAUGAAGUUUGUGAAUGACUCGCUUCGAGGUAUGUGGCACGAAGUGGCUCUGGGCGAGACAGGAAGCUUGGUUGUCCAAAACAUAUUUGAGAACUGUCUCGAGGAAGACAAGCGUCCCUGCAUUGAAGAGGUUCUUGCGAGCAUUGACAUCGUUGCUCAUGGACAAUUCGGCAAUUGGUGCAUUCAACAUAUCUGCGAACACGGAGCCCCUGCAGAUCGCAGUAGAGCCAUUGAUCAUGUCAUUCGUUACGCUUCCGAGUAUAGCAUGGAUCAAUUCGCUUCCAAGGUAGUCGAGAAGUGUCUCAAGAUUAGAGGUGUUGACUUCCUUGGCCGCUAUCUUGACCGUGUUUGUGAGGGUCGUCUUGACCGACCUCGUAUUCCACUGAUUGACAUAGCUAGCGACCAGUAUGGAAACUAUCUCAUUCAGUACAUCUUGACACACUCCAACCCUCAGCAUCGCGAGAUUGUUGCGCAACACAUCCGAAAGCACAUGGUAUCUCUCCGUGGAUCCAAAUUCGGCUCCCGCGUUGGCAUGCUUUGCACCAAUCCAGCCAUUCAGACGCGACCUGGACCUGGCGUUGGACCUGCUAUCAGCGCUCCUACCCCACGCAUCCCUCAACAGCCUCCUCGGUACGGGGGUGGAGCGUAUCGUUGA